GAAUUUCUGUGCCUGUUAAGAAUUGUAAUUCAUCAUGGAUAAUCUAACUUCAGAAGACAUUCAACUGAGGGCUAACCAGGUUACUGAUGAGUCUCUUGAAAGUACAAGGAGAAUCCUUGGUUUAGCCGUUGAGUCUCAGGAUGCAGGAAUUAAGACUAUUGCUAUGCUGGAUGAACAAGGGGAACAACUAAACCGUAUAGAAGAAGGCAUGGACCAAAUAAAUAAAGACAUGAGAGAGGCAGAGAAGACUUUAACAGAACUCAACAAAUGCUGUGGCCUUUGUGUCUGCCCAUGCAAUAGGACAAAAAACUUCGAGUCUGGUAAGGCCUAUAAGGCAACCUGGGGAGAAGGUGACAACUCUCCAAGCAAUGUAGUGUCGAAGCAGCCAGGCCGAGUGAAAAAUGGUCAGCCUCAGCAAGCAGCCACAGGAGCAGCCAGUGGUAGCUACGUUACACGUAUAACUAAUGAUGCGAGAGAAGAUGAAAUGGAAGAGAACCUGACUCAAGUGGGCAGUAUCCUUGGAAAUCUAAAAAAUAUGGCCCUGGAUAUGGGCAAUGAGAUUGAUGCUCAAAAUCGACAAAUAGAGCGGAUCUCAGAGAAGGCUGAUACCAACAGAGAUCGUAUUGAUGUUGCUAAUGCCAGAGCAAAGAAGCUCAUUGACAGCUAAAGCCACUGCUCUUUCACUUUUCUACUUCUUCAAGUCACAUCCUUUUCAGAAAUGUUGGUUCUAUGAUCAUCUUAUCAAGAUAUAAUGUGGAAGUGCCAGGAGUAAUAGCCUCCCUAUUUUCUAUAUUCCUUUUUCUUGAAGGUAGACUCUGCUUGCUCUUCUAGUAUAUUUUCCCCCACAGAUCAUACUCAUUGGUUUUCAUACAUCAUAUAUAUAUUAUCCCCCAAACCCAUCAGCCUCAUUUACUCGCAGGUUCUUUUUGCUUUCAAGAUUUGUAAGCACUGCCAAAGAGACCAUGAAAAAAGAUGUUGGGGAUAGAAAGGAUACAAAAAAAGUAGAUGCAAGAAAUAAGAGGUUGCCACUUCAGUAAAAGCUGUUAUUCUACAAAAGAAGUUGCAGGGCUACAGUAAAGAUCUAGUUGGAAAAUGUUUCUAAAUUGCAGAUGUUGCGGAUUUAGGCUAAUGCUUGGUUUUAGAACUUUUACACACACUACUUUUUUGUUAUGCAUUAGAGCAUUGCAUCCUGUACUAAAGAAAAAAAUAGAAUGAGUUUCCUUAAAGUGAACUUAAUUUCUUUGCUUGAUGAUUCAUACAUGUACAUAAGUUCUCUGACCCCAUUUCAUAUUUUACCAUCUGGAAACAUUUUGUAUAAAUGAAUAUUUUCAUAUUUGUAGUAUCAUGGACCCAGUUACAGGCUAAUUAACGAAUGUCAUUAGUCUUUGAAGAAAAGAACAUGUAAAUAUGUAUGUAUGAGAAUUUCUCAACUGUGCUAAAAAGUUUGAAGAAGUAUAUCAUGUGAAUUCAUAUUUACCUCAUUGUCAAGAAUUGUGGUUAGACAGGAAAAACAAAACGUUUUGAUCUCAGGUAGAAAAAAUGUUUUGCAUAUUAUGUAGCCUUAAACCUUUAAAAAACUAAAAAUGUAUUCCACUUACUAAAAGCAAUUUGAAAAAUAAUCCCUUUGGUUAAACUGUUGAUUAUACUAUCAUUUUCUUAGACUUGUAUGUGUUGAACAGUGUCCAAGUCAGAUUUGUUUAGAUCCUGAACAGUGUUAAAAGAAUUUAAUAAAUAUGUGUCAAUAUUAUUUAAAAGAAAA